CCAAAGUCCAACUACACACAAAGAUUUGCAAAGUAGUGAUCAAUGGAGUACAAACAUUUCAGCCAUCCACACAAUCUAAAAAUCCAACCGCUUCAAACAACAAAACCCUCAGAUUCUCCACCAAUCUGCUCAGGCUGUGAAUCAGCCAUCUCUGAAUCUGCAACCGCAUACAUCUGUUCAACAUGUGACUUCAAUCUCCAUGAGCAAUGUGGAAACGCAUUGCGUGGGAUCCAACACCCUUCCCACUCGGGUCUCCACCACUUGACUCUAGUCCCUUACACCACUUACUGCGCUGGCACCUUCACCUGCAGAGCCUGUGGCUGCACUGGAGGCAAAGGGUUCUCUUACUGUUGUCCUUUGUGUGACUUUGACCUCCAUGUUCAGUGCGCUCAGCUGCCUCAGCUUGUUUGCAAUAUAUGUAACGUGGGGAUGGAUGGUAGGUACUGGUCUUAUAACUGUUAUGCUUGUAACUAUCAUGUUCAUGCUUCAUGCGCUGUGAAUAAGCCCAAACCAGUGGCUGCUGCUUCUUCUGCUAUUGCGAAGUGUGUGACAACAAGUGAUGAAGGAAAGACAGUGAGCGCUGAAUCUGCUCCUGCUCAGGGUUUGGAGACAGAGCAGCAGAUGCAGCAACCAGCUGCAACAGCAGAGCAAGUGGAAGAUCCAGCUUUGAGGCAGCAGCUUGAACUUCAGAAGCUUCAGCUUCAGCUGGAUAUGAGUUCUGCUCUUGCAAACAUGAUGGGCUCCUUCAAUCUCAGUUCUUUCGUUUGAAGUGUCUUUGUUGUAUUGCUGUGUUGUCCUUUUCAGUUUAUUUGAUGUGAUGCAUUUACAAUUGCUGAAAAACUUGGGAUUGUCAUUGUUCUGUGUUCUUGAAGUGUUCUAUGGUCUGAAUAAAAGUUUCAUUGUUUGGUC